AUGAUUAAUGGAAACUUAUUUCAAUUUGAUGAUUACCAACAACAAGUACAACAACAACCAAUACAUAUCGAUACAACGACUGUAGGCGAUAUCAAAGAUUAUUUAACAUGUGAUUUGAAAUUAUCUGAUACAAUUUUCAAUGACUUAUUUUCUGAAUUCGAUUUAAAUCCCAAUUAUAUCCCAUAUUUUGAUCCUUCAACAAAUACAGAUGCCUAUUAUCAGCAUUCAGCUCAAGUUUCGGGUGAAUUGCCACCAUCAUACGAUUCAACAUUGCUUUCAACUAAUAUAUCUCAAACUGCAAUUGUUCAACCAGUUAUUGAGAAUUAUCUUUCUUCAACUACAUUUAAAACUUUACCAGAACAAGAUCCAGCUCAACAAACAAUUGUUAAAUAUUGUUCUUCCCCUCCACCUUCUGUUCCGACACUUCCAACAGCUUAUUCUGAAUCCUCAUCGAUUUCAUCAAUGAAUGAAUCACAAACUCAAUCUAUCCGACAUUCUCAUGCCAAAAAAUCAACGUCUGGAAAACGUUCUCGAGCACCACCACCUGCUCAACUUCCUAAAUUAAUUAAAAGGCCAGAACCAAUACCAGUAACAUUGGAUCAAUUUCAAGCAUUAAUUCGCUCUGCAUCAGAUACGUCAAAUUCAAAUGUUGGACCAUUUUCAAGUCUUCUUGAAAAUAGUACUAUCAUUGGAAAUAAUAUUCCUUUGAAAAUUAUCAACCAGACAAAUAUUAAUAGUAUGAGUUCAGAUGAAAACAGUCGUCAAGAUUCUCCAGCGAAUCAACAGAGUACAACAUCAAAUACACAUUUCAUAAAUGGAGCUAACCUUAUUAGUGGCGGUGGUCGCAUUCGACGAAAAUCAUCACAUAACGCUAUCGAAAAAAGAUAUCGAUCAAGUAUUAAUGAAAGAAUACUUGAACUCAAAGAAAUUGUUGCAGAUGACGAUGAAAAGGUACAAAAAUCUGGCGUAUUACGACGAACAGUUGAAUAUAUUCGACAACUUCAAUCAGUUAAUCGAAGAUUAGAAGAAGAAAAUAAUACAUUAAAAACCAUUUUAAAACAACUUAAUUUGAAACCCAUUGAUAUUCCAAAUAAUAAUGAUAAUGCACCAGCAUCAUCAUUAAAUAAAUCAUCUCUAGUUAACAAUCCUACAACACCACCAUCAUCCCAUAGUGAUUCUAGUGAAUCAACGCUUGGCUCAAGUGAUGAAGCAUUCAGCCCGGUUCCAAAACGACAGAAGCGUACAACUAGUAAACAAGGUAUGGUUAAUGGAUCACGAUUGAUUUUAUGCUGCUUUAUGUUAUGCGUUAUUGUAACGAAUCCAUUUAACUAUUUACUGAAUUUUAUUCAUUCAUCGGAUUAUAAUGAGGCAACUGAAGUACAAUCUAUUGUUGGUUCAAGAACAUUACAAGCAGCAGUAAAUAAUGAUAAUAUCAAUUCAUCAACAUUUCUCAGUACAUCAUGGCGGCAAUUAGUGGCUUGGAUGCUUAAUUUAGCAAUAUGUCUUGUUUGUUUGGUAAAACUUUUUGUUUAUGGUGAGCCAAUCGUACCUGAGUCAGAGAUGCACGAAUAUUAUAUUCAUAAGAAAAAAGCAGAUCAACUUAUGGCUGAAAAUCGUUUAAAUGAAGCACGCAUUUAUUAUCGUAAAUGUUGUGAAAACCUUUAUGUUACAAUCGAUAAUACACUUCUUUAUUAUUUAUCAUCGAUAACAUGGCAAAUGACACGUUUAUGUGUAAAUUUAAUAGUUGUUGGUCGUUGGUUAACAUUUUGGUCUGGCUGGACAAAAUCGAUUGAUACACGUGAUUACAAUCGUGAAUUGAACGAUUGUCUGUUGCAAUUAUGGAAAAUAGAAUAUCAAUAUUCAUCGUCGGCAUUGUCACUUAUUGAUUUAUUUAUAUCGACAAUAAAUACAUCGGUGAAUGCAGGAAAAAAAUUAGAUAUUAAAAAACAUAAUGAAAUUUAUCUAUUAUCAGCAUUAACAUUAAAGAAAUUAGGUGGAAUAUUUUCAAUUCUCAUUCCAUAUUUAUUAAAGUGUAUGUCGCCAAUGGAUGAUAGUGACUUUUGGUUAGUUGAUAUGGAUCGUUUAAAUCAAUUUAUAUUUGAUAAAAAAUAUAUUUUAUUCAAAACACAUAAUUUCAUCGAAUCAAUACGUUCACAAUAUUAUGAAUAUAUUAUUUAUGAUAAUAUACAAAGUCAACUACUUAUUCAAGAUAAUACACAACAACAACAACAACUUAUUCUUAAAAAUAACAAUGACUUAGAUCAGUUUAUAUGGUGGCAACAUUGUUUACAAGUUAUACGUUGUAUAUCGAAUAAUAAACAAUCGAUUGAUAACAUUAUAUCUAGUGAUAUACUUCGACACAGUGAAGAAUCAAAUCAAACCAUUUAUUAUCUGGCACGAUCGAUGAAAAUUGUUAACGAAAGAUACAUCAUAAUCGUAGAAGCAAUUCAUAGUAUACUUCUUGUUCUUAAUGAUGAUGACGAUCAAACAAAUUCAACUCGACUGUCAUUAUUAGAACAACUAGGACAAUCAAGUCGAUUAAUAACAUCAACGAUUGAAAAUUCCACGAAUGAUCAUAAUGAUGAUAAUCUUGAUUUGGCUGUUAAAACCUUACUAAUCGAUGGCAUUCUUUCAUUACGUCUUCGUCUUCUUACAAGUACCAUGGCACAUAAUGAUCAGAAAAUUCCAUAUCUGAAUGAUUUUCAGCAAGAAUUAGAUUGCUAUAAACAACUUAAUCGAAUCAUGAAAUUACCGAAACAAAGAGUUUACUUAUUUGAAUCCAUCUAUCGUGUUUCAUCCGGUUUAAAUCCUUUAGUUACACAAACAUUAUUUGAAUGUGCAUUGAAACCACAAAACUCAACUACUCAAUUUCAAGAAGAAUCACCAAAUCUUGAUAUUAUCUCGGCGCUUUUAUUAUUUUGUCACUUUUCACCUUCGACUGUGUAUCAUUAUCGAAAUAUUCUUCAACAAGCUGCUACAAUAUCAUCAACAGCAAAUAAAAAUAAUGAUCUUAACCGUUUACGACAACAAUGUUUAGCAUUAGUUCGUCAACCAUAUUUUACUCUUUAA